AUGGCGUCUAUUAAUUCUUUACCGGACGAAAUCGUCCACCAUAUUUUACUUUACGUACCUCCGGAAGAGACUUUAUCUAACAUCGCACACUUAUCAAAGCGUUUCAACCGAGUCGCGCAUGAACCUCUUCUUUGGAGAUGCUAUUGCGAGCAUAAUUUCAAAUACUGGGAAGCCAGUCAUCACUUUAAAGAGAGGUUGAAAGGCUACUUACACGAUACUGACUGGCGCCGACUAUUCCUGUUGAGACUUGGACGUAAUGCCUAUAUCGCACGCCUCCUUGAUGGGAUUGUCGCAUCUCGCGUCUCCCGACUGCAGAAGAUGGAACAGAUCUGUCUAUACGGUUACGAUGCAAAAGAUUAUCUUUUAAGUCAGUGCCAAGCUCCAGAUUCGGUUGAAGAUGUUUUGGCGCGAAGAUAUUAUUCGUGCUCUGUUCUGGAUAGCAUACAUCGGAGCCUUGCGAUAGAAGAAUGGGCUAAGUAUCAAAAGUUUGCAGCACGUCGCAUUGACGAAGAUACUCCGUAUAGCGAAAGAUUAAACUGCGGCAUGCGCCUCGAGCGCGCUCUUGGCGCCUUUGAUAUGUUCAUGCUUCACGAUAAUGAGGGUGAUUUGGAUGAGAUUACCGAAUUGCUAGAUGAUAUUGCAGACCGGUUUCGAAGUGCACACCCUUACUUUGACGAGUUGACCACCCGUCAAAAGGCUAUCGCUUUGACUCGAUGGUUGCGCUCGAACAAUAUGACGGGCUUGAACGAUCCCACAGAGCAAACGUAUCGUUAUCUCCGUAACUGCUUAAUCGGCAGGGCUCUUCGAGAUGAGCACCACCCAUCAUUGCCAAUCAUCUCUGCUGCCAUCUACUCCGCUUUAGCAUCACGACUCGGAUUAGAGGCGUAUCCCUGUGCUUUGCCUAGUCACGUCCAUGCUACAGUUUUGUCACGACCGGGCAUGACACUAGAUGAUCAACCCCUCGUCGAAGAGCUGUCCCAAGUUCAAGAUAACAUGUUCCUAGAUCCUUAUACUGUAGAAGAUGAAGUGCCUAUGGAUCGAAUAAUCGACUUCCUAUAUAGGCUCGGCAUCCAUACAGGCCAUGAUAAUUUACUAAACCCUACGGCCACGGACCUCAUCGUGAUGCGCACGGCGCAAAACAUACGGGCGUCAUUCACUAGUUUUCGAACCCACGAGAGACCUUUCGCCCAGAUCAUCCCCAUGAUUGAACUUAACCGCGGCGACUGGGCCCGUAAUCUGCAGCCGGCCUUGUACAGCAUGAUUUGGGCGAGCAUCAUGAUGGUCCCCGUGCUGCCGGAGAGCGACGAGAUCCGUUGGGACUGGCAACAAGACGUGCGCGACCUGCUCUCGGCCUUCUACGAACAUUUCCCCGAGGAUGCGUGGCUCGUGGAGAAGUACGUGUGUCCCAUGUACGACACCUUUGCGGCUCCGUCGCGUCGCCGGAACAACUGGGAUCUUCCCUCUAAGAGCGUCCGGGAUCAGAUUAAGAGUAUGAGACGCGUGGAUGCAGCAGUGAUGCCCGCCCGACGGCGCAGCGAACUCGCCAAGGGUGUGGAGGUCAAGUAUCGCGUCGGCCAGGUGUUUAAGCAUAAGCGCUACGAGUAUCACGGCUUGAUCCUGGGCUGGACCCUCGAGGGUUCUUCUCUCGACGAUCCCUUGUCCCCAACCCAGAGGCCAUGGUGUUAUUACACCCAGCCGUAUUACCGGUGCAUGUCUGGCACCGAUGGGUUAGACCAACACCUCAUCGCAGAAGACAACAUUGAGAUAGUCGAUUUCCGUGGCGGCCCUGAGAUGCUGCCGCCGGAGAUCAAAGAUUUGAUGCCCAUGGCAGGCAAAUUCUUCAAGCGCUGGGAUGGCGAGCGGGGCGUCUUCGUCAGCAACAUGAAGGAGAUGUACCCCGAAGACUAA